AUGGUUUGCAUGAUUCACAUCGUGGUGUUUUUGCUAGCAAUCACAACCGUCUUUGAAAUAUUCCCACUAAUUACCGUACCCGUGACGAAGCGUCUAUCAUUAUCGUCCUUCAGAAAUCACUACUAUGGGCUCUUUGGAUGGUGUGUGCGUGGCAAAAACAAAGAACUGAUGUGCACAAAAAAGAAGAUAGGCUACGACAGCACGGAUGUCGACUCCUCCGGCCAUGUUUUAACGCUGCCGUCCAAUUCAAAAGUGGUUGUUUCAAAUUUGUUGAUAGUUCACCCGAUUUCUUUGGCAUUCACGCUCACAUUACUUAUACUGGCAGUGACAAUUAUGGUAACACCGUUGGGGGAUUCACCGGAGAUGCUGUUAUUCACAGCCCUUUUUUCACUACCGACGUUUAUGUUAUGCCUUUUAUGCUUUCUGGUGGAUAUUCUCCUCUUCAUCUCCAAAUUGGACUGGCCGGGCUGGCUAAUGUUGGCUGCUACGAUCAGCGUGGCUCUUUGCUGUUCUAUGCUCUGGGUCAUGAGAAGAGUUGUGUCCGUUAGAAAAUAUGAAUCCCAACAAUCAAUUGCACAUGUGCGUCCAGUUGAGCAGUAUUCAAUCUCAGACGUCUACCUGAGUAAACAGGGCAGCGAUAGCUCAGAAUAUGAAAGCACGCCUACAGAUGGCCUAACGGCUCCAGAAAUCACAUACAGGGGGUUUAUUGAGUAG